AUGAAGAUCGCAGCUGCACUUGUCGUAGGCGCCGCCGCCGCAACUGGCCUAUGUGCUGCCCAAUUACCAUUGUCGACAGUUUUUAUCACUGUACCCAGCCAGGGAGUCCCCUUCACUUCCACUGUGUCUGCCUGCGAGACAGUUUCCGCCUUUGCUGUUGUUGCUGUUCCUAACGGAACCUUCUUCCCAGGCACCACGACUGUUUAUCUUCCUCCUCAAGCUUCUGGAACCACAAGUACCUACAUCGACUACGAGAGUAACCUGACCGAAGUCAUCGUCGCUUCGCCUUUGCCUGGGACAUGCGCCGACCUUGCACUGCCGUCGGAGGCAACGGCCACUGUCAAUCCCAGCCCAGCUAGCCCUAGCUCCUCUAGCAGUGCCAAGGUUUGUCCCUUGGAGGGCUGCUCGGCCGGGGUCGAUAAAGCAGCGCAACAGGUUAUCGACUUGAUUAAUGAAGUUGCUAUUGCAUCUCAGAAAUUGCAGUCUGCCGCCAAACUGAUUGGCGGCAAGAGGACUCGAGGAGUUGAGGCACGCUUCGACCCUCUAACUGACGUGAUCCCGCCGUUAGAGGACAUUGCCUCUACUCUAACCUUCGGCUUACCCACAAUUAAGGCACUUCCGGCCUUCCCCGCGGGAUGCAACAGUGACACCAUUGUCGUGGCUCUGAUCGACUUUGUGCGUAUCCACCAGGCACUACUUGAGAUAUUCAUCGGGCGCUCGGGGUUACUCUCCUUCAGUUUUGUGGAGAACAAUCCCGAACAUGCCGUACGUACGGAUGCGGCUCAGAAAUUUCCAAAUCCCAUCGGUGUGGCGAUUGCUGGUGCCCUGCGUGCUAUUGAAACUGGCGUCGACGCCCUUGCAUUUUCACUUAUCGGUCUUAUUCCUACUCGUCAAUCUUGCCUUAAACAACAGCAGGCUAGCAUCGACAAGACUCUAAAGGAUGCUAUCAAUGCAUAUCAAUCUUAA